ACAUGGUGCUGUAAAUAUUACGGAAUAUCAGUAAUACAUUGGUUGUGAAUAUCACGGAAUAUCAGCAAUACUGGGGCUGUGAAUAUCACUGAAUAUCAGCAAUACUGGGGCUGUGAAUAUCACGGAAUAUCAGCAAUACUGGGGCUGUGAGUAUUACGGAAUAUCAGCAAUACUGGGGCUGUGAAUAUUACGAAAUAUCAGCAAUACUGGGGCUGUGAAUAUUAAGGAUACUGACAUUACAAAUACAACGAGGACAGUAAAUAUUUCGGAAUAUCGGUAUUACCCAAGCAUUAUUUGUGAUUAUAUUUCCUGGGUACCGCGGAUACACGAACAGUGUGAAUUCCGUCAAUAUACAGUCGCAGACAAUUAGCUAUGAAACACUGUUCGAACUAAAUUGAGUGUACGAGCUUGUGUUACAGUAUUAGUCUGGUGUCCUGUCAAGAAGUGUCGGACCAGGUGAAGCUAUCAUAUUGUCUUUAGGAAUCAAUAGGUGUCUUCGUUUGCCGCCAAGUGAAGCUUCAUUCCUUCUGGUGAAGUUUUAAUUGAUUGUAGAUUUCAAUAACUGCAAAUAUUGUUUCUUCUUCGUGUAUUGUUUAAGAUAGAAAUCGCUAUUGUGAAAGGGUAUAUCGACAGCGUCCCAAAAGUCGCGCGAGACCUAGAGUUAUACACCUGUGUAACUGUUACGGUUGAAUCUACAUCGACAAUAGUUUAAUUAUUCAUGAUGGAUGAUUUAUGAUAACCGGAUAUAUUGUUUACAACUAAACAGCAAAUUGAUUGAACACUCAAUAUCUAACGCAUUACAAGUAAGGACUUGAAGGAGACAACACUUCUGUUCGCUACUGUCAGUAACCUACGGGAGUAGUAAGCGGGUAUACCCCGACAGGUGUAACGGGCAUUGUGUGUUGUUCCCGGAGCUAAAAAUAGCCACUGAUGACGCCUACGACAGCUCAGGUAGACUUCACUGUAGGUGAAAGGACAUGCGUCAGGAGCCUGGGUGGACAUCGGUCCUUUUCCCGCGUCAGCAUCAUGAGGACGGUCAAGCUACGCCGGACCUAUAUGUGGGGUUUAUUUAUCAUGGGAUUAUUCCUCUACAUCCACCUUUUAUACAUCAAAAACAAAGGAAUAUGGUUUGACUACGAAAACGUACCGAAUGACCUUUCUUCUAUACAGAGCUAUCGCCCCGAGGACAUCGAAGACGACGAUACAAUUCUCGUGAACACGUCAGUAGCAGAUGACCUUGUCCAAAAGGUCAAGAUAUUUUGUUUCAUCGCCACGACGUCGGAUAACCUACUGACGAAGGCCAAAGCUGUUAACGAUACGUGGGGGAAAAGGUGUGACAAGAUUCUCUUUGUGACGUCAUCGCCGUCAAAGUUAUCCAUGACGAUUUCGUUUAACAUUCAGGAUUCGAGGAGUCACCUAACGGGAAAGACGAUGUCAAUGAUCAAUUAUAUUUAUAGACAUCAUGUAAAUAAUUACCAGUGGUUUAUGAAGGCGGACGAUGAUACUUAUGUUGUCAUGGAAAAUCUCAAACUUCUUUUGUCAAAAUGUGACGCUAAGAAACCAAUAUAUCUCGGUCACCAUUUAAAAAUGCAUUUAAAACAAGGCUACAUGAGCGGUGGCGCCGGAUACAUCAUGAGUCAGUCGGCACUGCGCAUGCUCGUGGAGGACGGUCUGGAUCAAGGCCUCUGCAAGCGAGACGGGAACGACGAGGAUGUGGACGUCGGGCGCUGUCUGGAGACAGUAGGAGUCAAGCCCUACUCUACGACAGACAAAUUCGGACGGGAGACGUUUCACGCCUUCAGUAUAUUAAAUUAUAUUAUAGGACCUGUUCCGGUGUUUCUACUUCAGUACCCUCAUAAACCAGCUAGAUCGGGCAAGAACUGCUGUAGUCAACUGCCAAUCACAUUCCACUACACCACGCCCAAAAUGAUGUACAUCACCGAGUACUUCCUGUACCGGACAGCGGUCUACGGGAGACAACUCGCGAAUAUUGACGAUGACUUCUUCAAAGAGGCGGUAUCGCGCCUCGACAAGGAUCCGGGUUCGGUAUUUCUGCCGUACGGACAAUCUGGGAUCUCGGUGGUGGACACUAAAUCAAACAAACAAAAUGGCGGAUGAAUUUCUGAUUCGUGAAGCAUAGAUGGGAUGAAUUUCGACCUCCAGAGAUUAGCGAAGUGCUCCCGAAAGGAAUGUGUCAUGUGAUAUUUCCGCAAUAUUUGUGUUCCACGCAUUGAUAUUUAAAAGGGCAGAUGGUCGCUUUAAGAAAUAUCUGGUAAUCUAAUUAUCAGGAAAAAAAUAUCCGCUGAGACAAUCUACGGUGGUAAAUGCCAUGAGAUGACCCACCACAGUGCAGUUAAAUCGGGUACUCGGACCGUCAAUAUACAGAUAUAGUGCUGAAACAUCAUACUUUGUGUAAGACUCAAUUCACUGUGUGGAAAACCUCCCUAGGGAGUGAAACAGAUUGAAGAAAUCCCGUCACCGACGGUCAUCUACAUCUUUAACUUUGUCCUUUCUCAUAUUGAGCAAGAUUUCACUGAUUUCGUGUAAUUUCUUAACAUUUUCUUCAGGUUGGUAAUUAUGGAUUAUGAAAAAUGUCUUGUUACACAACCUAUACGUGUUUUUAUGUGACGUUUCGACUACUAGUACGGUUUGUACUCUGUCAUCAUCAUCAGACAAAUGACCAGUGAAGCCUAUACACACAAAGGUGUAAAAUGUGACUUGUAGACAACUCUUAUUAGUGAACUUCAUAUCUGUCAUGAUAACGAGAGUUCAACGGUAUAACACGAGAAGAAAAGAAUUUGUGAAGUUGUGUAGGCAGUAUUUAUGACGUCGCACCAGUUGUGCAAUAUUUUUAACAUGUCACACUUGAUGAGCACACCCGGCGAUGACGUCAGACGUCUUGUGAACUCCUGAAAAUAACAAUAGCUGGUCAUUUGCUUCUAAAGUAUGACAAGCUAUAUAACAUUUAUACCGUUGUUCAUGUUUACAGGUGAUUUAUAUCAAUAUGCUGCUAUCCUGUAUUCUUCAUUGGGUAACGUUAUAUUCGAUUUUGUUUAUGUCAUUUGCGUUCACUGCUCUAUGUGUGUGUUUAGUUUACGAGGUCUGUAAGUCUGCUUAGACUAAUGAUGCCACUUUUUACAUUGGAUCACAUAUCUGUAACUCAUUCAGCCCUAACAUGUCAUAAUACAUUUUUCCAACCUUUGAAUUGGAAGAGUUCAAAUGUGUCUUUAGGGGUGAAUGAGUUAAGUAGUUUUGUCUAUAGUGACAGAAAUUUUAAGUAAUGUCACUUAUUUAUUUAUUUUCUAUAUUGAAUCUGAAGCAAUAUUUUUUACCAAUUCUGUCUGUAUUGACGCUAGAUCUGUAUAUGUCUUAGGUUAUCUUUGUCUAUUGUAAGGCUGGACCUAUGUCUUAGGUUAUCUUUGUCUAUUGUAAGGCUGGACCUAUGUCUUAGGUUAUCUUUGUCUAUUGUAAGGCUGGACCUAUGUCUUAGGUUAUCUUUGUCUAUUGUAAGGCUGGACCUAUGUCUUAGGUUAUCUUUGUCUAUUGUAAGGCUGGACCUAUGUCUUAGGUUAUCUUUGUCUAUUGUAAGGCUGGACCUAUGUCUUAGGUUAUCUUUGUCUAUUGUAAGGCUGGACCUAUGUCUUAGGUUAUCUUUGUCUAUUGUAAGGCUGGACCUAUGUCUUAGGUUAUCUUUGUCUAUUGUAAGGCUGGACCUAUGUCUUAGGUUAUCUUUGUCUAUUGUAAGGCUGGACCUAUGUCUUAGGUUAUCUUUGUCUAUUGUAAGGCUGGACCUAUGUCUUAGGUUAUCUUUGUCUAUUGUAAGGCUGGACCUAUGUCUUAGGUUAUCUUUGUCUAUUGUAAGGCUGGACCUAUGUCUUAGGUUAUCUUUGUCUAUUGUAAGGCUGGACCUAUGUCUUAGGUUAUCUUUGUCUAUUGUAAGGCUGGACCUAUGUCUUAGGUUAUCUUUGUCUAUUGUAAGGCUGGACCUAUGUCUUAGGUUAUCUUUGUCUAUUGUAAGGCUGGACCUAUGUCUUAGGUUAUCUUUGUCUAUUGUAAGGCUGGACCUAUGUCUUAGGUUAUCUUUGUCUAUUGUAAGGCUGGACCUAUGUCUUAGGUUAUCUUUGUCUAUUGUAAGGCUGGGCCUAUGUCUUAAACCCUUUCAUCACUGUAGACUAUAAUGGGCUCAUCCAAAGCAUUGCCUGGUAGAGUUCACUUAAGUUACAUAGGGGUGAAAGGGUUAAAGAUGUUGGUCUACCUUGAGGCUGGACUUAUAACAUACUGGUUGAUAAUUAAGGUGAUUUUUUGUUCAAACGACACAAUUGUUUAUUAUUGUGAAAGUGUUCAUGCCUGAUAUUCCUCUUAAAUGAGAGUGACCUCAUAAUUCUUUUACAAAAUAGUAUUACUAUUCACAUACAUUUAUAUAUAUACAUGUAUAUGAAUAAAGGAUCAAUGUUUAUCCGUCUACCUAUUACAAUAUCAUGCUGUAUUUUCUAUGUUUGGGUGCAUGGCAUUUACAAUGUAUACAACCUCGUUGAUAACUAUCUUUUUGAUUUUUAAAACAAACCAAUCUAGACAUUUUGGUUGCGUGGAGCUAAGAUGAAUUAAACUAGACUGGCAUGAACUGUUAUGUAUAGUCGGAACGUAUCGAAGACCAUUUUAGCAAGUAUGGGCAAGUAUUAGUGAAAAUGCAUCAUCAGCAAACUUUCCAAGAUGACGUCAUGAACUAUGUGACGUCAUUAAUUAACGAUGAUACAAUCAUAUUACACCAGUUAUGUCGACAAAAUGUCUUUUGAUAAAUCGAUAUUCCACUGAAAUAUGGAGCCAAUGCUCAAGUUGUCAUUAUUCCGUCUUAUCAUUCUCUUGUGAGCAGGUAUCUAUUGUUAUGUCAUUGGUUUGUGAGAGUAACGUCAUCAAUAUUUGAGAAAACGAUGU